AUGGUCCUUAAUGCUGGACAUAUUAGAAAGUCAACUUGUAUUAAUGGUGUGGAAUGGGGCUAUCAGUUUGGACUCCAAGUAACUGUCUACAAUGACGACGUCUAUCUUCACUUAUUUCUCAGAAACAUCCAGUUUACUAACAGCAUUGGGGAACACAUAUCCUUGGAAGACCAAAGAAAGUCAGUAAAACAAUACGAUAUCCUGAACACUGUGUCAUUUCCUGCAGCUCAUGGUUUCCUAGUUAAGGUGGGAGAGUUUGUCGUCAAUGGUAAAAAUAACCAAACUUUGGUCCUCAAUAAAGAGGCCAUAGAAUGGCCUAUUGAACUGGAAAAGCCUCCCAUAUCUGUGUGUACACAGAAGUGUGGUCCAGGAUUCAAGAAAGUUAUACAGGCUAAGGCAAUCUGCUGCUUUGAAUGUGUCUUUUGUCUGACAGGGGAGAUUACAAAUACACAAGAUGCACAAGACUGUAGCCAGUGCUCAGACCAAGAAUAUUCAAACCAAGAGAGAACUCACUGUCUCUCCAAGCUGGUGACCUCCUUGUCCAUUGAAGAUUCCUUGGGGAUGGCUCUGGCCUGCACAGCUUUGUGCUUCUCUGUGCUCACAGCUGGGGUUUUGUGGGUCUUUGUGAAGCACCAAGACACUCCCAUAGUCAAGGCCAAUAACAGGACUCUCAGCUACAUCCUGCUCAUCUCCCUCCUCCUCUGCUUCCUCUGCUCCUUUCUCUUCAUUGGGCAUCCACACCCAGUCACCUGCAUCCUCCAGCAAAUCACAUUUGGACUUGUGUUUACUGUGGCUUUUUCCACUGUGUUGGCAAAAACCAUUGUUGUACUAUUGGCAUUCAAAUCCAUGAAGCCGGGAAGAACCAUGAGGUGGCUGUUGGCAUGAGGGGCUUCUAACUAUGUCAUUCCCAUCUGCACUCUUGUCCAAGUGGUUAUCUGUGGCAUGUGGCUGGGACUGUCUCCCCCCUUCAUUGAUGUAGACACAGGCUCUGAGCCCAGGCACCUGGUCAUUCUGUGUGACAAGGGCUAAGUCACUGUGUUCUACUGUGUUCUGGGCUACCUGGGCUUCUUGGCCCUGGUAAGCUUUUCCUUGUCCUACCUUGUCCGCAACCUGCCUGAUGCCUUCAAUGAAGCCAAGUUCUUGACCUUCAGCAUGCUGGUGUUCUGCAGCAUCUGGGUCACCUUUCUGCCUGUCUACCACAGUGCCCAGGGCAAGCUCAUGGUGGCCUUGGAGAUCUUCUCCAUCUUGGCCUCCAGUGCUGGUCUCCUAGUGUGCAUCUUUGCUCCCAAGUGUUACAUUAUUCUGAUCAGACCUGACAAGAACUCUUUGAAACAUCUAAGGAAUAAAACACUUAGCCACAUUCACCUCUCCUCUCCUGCAUCCCUGCUGGCUAUGAAGAGGCCUGGAGCUUGGUAUCUGUGGGAGCCGAAAAAUCUUAAGGAUUUGAAAGAGGCUGUCUUGAAAAACGGCCCUAACUCGCCUUGGGCAGAAAUGAUCCUUCAGAGUCUGGCACAUCAACCCUGUACUGCUCAGGACUGGUGUACCAUCUGCAAGGUGGUCUUGUCGGGGUCACAAUACAUUAAAUGGUGUUCCCUCUUUAAAGAGGAGUGCCACAUGCAGGCUGAGAGAAACCUAGCAGCCCAACCAGCAAUUCCCUUAACAUUUGGCCAGCUCUCGGGAAUGGCAGAUCAAUGGAGUACAGGGCCCCAGAAGGCCGCCCUCCCUGACCCCUACCGUGGUCAGAUUCGACACCUAGCCUUAUCGGCCUGGAGACAAUUGGCUGAAGGUCCCAUGGACCUUCACAUCUCAGGAAUCAAUCAGAAAAGCAGAGAAGAUUUAGCUACUUUUAUUGAUAGGCCUAUUAGACAGGGGCCUGUCAUUCAUGGUGUAGGGGGGGACAUAACAUCAUGGGAGUUGGAGACCAACCUUGAUUGGGAAGAUGAGGAGAACAACCGAGGCCGGGUCCGCCCCCUCAUCGCUAAAGGUCUCUCGGCCAACCUGUUAGGACAAGACAUUCUGGGGGAGGCCCUCGCCUGCAUCACCAUGGGAGCCAGUGUUAAUUACUUCAGGAGACAGUGUAGCCUUAACCAACCCGAUGGUAGACACCCCCAACUCUGA